AUGGAGGCGCUUGGAGACCCUCCAGAGCGCCUGUCCGCAGCGCGGCGUCUGUCGUAUCCUCAGCCCAAAGACCCUCGCAUUCUACAUCUUGUCACUGAAUCUCGUGCAAAUGAGAAUGAAGUCAAAUCAGAAGCACAAUUCCAGCGCCUCGUUGCGUCAUUUUCCGAACUGCCCACGCAGCCUCGAACGUCACGAGCGCCAUCGGACCGCGGUAGAUACCCCGAGGAGGCUGGUGAAGAGUCGCAGAGAGAGGACACACCGAGCGACGACGGCGACGACGACGACGGCUAUACAUUUGCAUUCGGGCCACCUGCUACUAGCGACCCCAUUAGUCUCAGCAAGCCUCGCACCCCUGCCCGCAGUGUUGCGGGUAGCAUCAACGGAGAUGAUCUGGCUCUUGACAGCCCGGGCGGUGCGAUGGCAAUGGAAAUAGACUUGCCAUCCUCAACAUUUGGCUCUCCCUCUGUAUUAGGAGCUUCAGCUCACCAGUGGCGAUAUACACCACCUCCGACAGCAUCGGCUGUGCGCACAAACAAGCGAAAGUACGACGAUCGCUUCGACCCAUACCCAACAGUUUCGAAACGCCGCGCAGUCUCACCCUCCGUCUCGUACCUGCGUGACUCCCACACCGCGCUCUCGCCGAUAUACAUCCCGCGCCCGAAUGCAUCUUCCUCACGCAGUCCUUUUCCCAUGCCAAUCCCAAUUCCAAUAGCCCAUUCGUCCUAUCCCUCCGUUUCAUCUUCGCCUACCGUCUCACACAAUGGGCAUGCGCGGCUAGAGCGCUCGAUGAGUGUAGCUUCCAGUCCGACGAUGCGUGCAUCCAUGAGCCUCGCUAGCCCCAUUACAAGGCCUCUGAGUCUGAGCAGACGACGUGGGGAGGGAGAAGAGCGAGAAAUAGAUGGAGCUGGUGAUGCGGUGAACGGGCUUAAUCUCGGAUAACAUAUUUUCUGAUUCUUGAGCUGUUGAGCCGAGCUAUAUCUGUCUCAUCUUGUUGCAUAUCUUCGUUGCAUCUCUAUCACUGUAUUAUACAGCAUCCCUUUGUAUCUCAUAGACCAUAGCAUGGCGAGUUGAAGUUCGGUAGUACUGUUCUACUCUUAAUAUCGGUGACGGGGUUCUAACUUAUGAUAAUCAGGCGAUUUUAUGGCUUC